UUUACUACCUCUUUGGAUACAAUAUUUGAUCGAUUAAAUGCAAAUAGGCCACGACAAUCUCCAAGAGAAACUAAUUUAGUUCCUGUUCGAAGAUUUUCUAGAAAAACUGAUGAGGAUCCAAAUGAUUGGUUCAUUCACUUUGAAAAAGCUGCUAAAGCAAAUAAUUGGACUUCAGAAAGAGCUUUAGAAAUAGUUGGUGGAUUUUUUGAAGGAAUGGCAGCUGAUUGGUAUGAAGAUACUGACUUUCAAAGUUGGAAAGAUCCAAAAGAAGUAGAAUUAGAAGAAGAUAAUGAUGAUCAA